UGACCAAACGUCAUACAGUAAUCGACACAAUGCUCUCUAAAAUUGUAGCCUUUUGUGCUAUUGUGGCGGUGUCCUCGGCCGGGCUCCUGCCCGCUGCUGUACACUACUCCCCCGCCGCCGCUGUCUCCUCCCAGAGCAUCGUACGUCACGACGAACACGCUGCUCCUAUCGCUAAGGUUGCCGUCGCUGCCCCAGUCGCCUACCACGCCGCUCCCGCCGUCUCCUACCACGCCGCCCCUGCUGCCGUUACCUACCACGCAGCUCCCGCUGUCGCUUACCACGCUGCUCCCGCCGCCGUAGCCUACCAUGCUGCUCCAGUUACCAAAGUUAUUGCUCAGCCUGAAGAAAUCGCUUACCCCAAAUACGAGUACUCUUACUCUGUAGCCGACGGACACAGCGGUGACAACAAGCAACAGCAAGAGAUCCGCGACGGUGAUGUCGUAAAGGGCUCCUACUCUUUCCACGAGGCCGACGGCUCCAUCAGAACUGUGGAGUACUCCGCUGACGACCACAACGGUUUCAACGCCGUAGUUCACAACACAGCACCCAAAGUAGCUCCCGCUAUCAUCAAGGCCGCCCCCGUCGUAGUCAAGUCUCCAGUCUACGCCGCCCCUGCUCUCCAGUACUACCACCACACGAUGUUCUCUAAAUUAGUAGCUCUGUGCGCUGUUGUGGCGGUGUCCUCGGCCGGACUCCUGCCCGCUGCUGUACACUACUCCCCCGCCGCCGCUGUCUCCUCCCAGAGCAUCGUACGCCACGACGAGCACGCUGCUCCUAUCGCUAAGGUUGCCGUCGCUGCCCCAGUCGCCUACCACGCCGGUCCCGCCGUCUCCUACCGCGCCGCCCCUGCUGCCGUUACCUACCACGCAGCUCCCGCUGUCGCUUACCACGCUGCUCCCGCCGCCGUAGCCUACCACGCUGCUCCAGUAACUAAAAUUAUUGCUCAACCUGAAGAAAUCGCUCACCCCAAAUACGAGUACUCUUACUCUGUAGCUGACGGACACACCGGUGACAACAAGCAACAGCAUGAGAUCCGCGACGGUGAUAUCGUAAAGGGCUCCUACUCUUUCCUUGAGGCUGAUGGUUCAGUCAGAACCGUAGAGUACUCCGCUGAUGACCACAACGGUUUCAACGCCGUUGUACACAACAGUGCACCAACUGCCGCUCCUGCUAUCAUCAAGGCCGCCCCCGUCGUGGUCAAGUCCCCUGUCUACGCCGCCCCUACUCUCCAGUAUUACCAUCAUUGAUUACAAUCACAUUGUACCAAUAUAACUGAUAAUGAUUUAUUUAUUUCAAUACACACUUAAACUCUAAAAAA